CUACACUACCAUAUAAUCCAGAUUAUUAAAGCAGAUAAUCCACAUUAUGUGUUUUAAAUUGGAUUACACGAGUCUACACUGCCAGAUAAUCCAGUAUAAAUGUGAAAUGGCCUAAAAAAAUCUAAAAAGAGGGGAUCGUGACUAGAUGAUGCACACCAAAAAUGCAUGUUGGAUUGUAAGAUCAGAUGAAAAUCACGUGUUAAAAGGGUUGUCUUAAAAUUUGCAAUCGGCCAAAAAAUAUGCUGCUACAGAAGAUAGUAAAUCCCUGCAGUAAAAAAAAAAAUCGUAAGAGUUGGUUGCUUAUAUAAUCCCAAAACAGCUGAUGAGACACAUAACCAGAUGGAGCCACAGAUACACAGGUGGCUAAAUAGAAGCAUGAGAACUGCCAACGAGAAUUAUCUCCAAUCAUCCCUUUCUUCUCAUAUUUCUGAAAUUAAACAGAGUUUGAUAUUACAAUGGGCACCAGCAUGGCUGGCAAGUGCCCCAAAAAGGAAACGAGGUUCAAGAGGGCAAAUUUAAAGGCACCAGGAGGGAGAGGAGAGACGAUGUCAAGAAAUCUAUUUGUGUGCACUUUCUUUUAUCUGCAUCUGCACUUAUGAGUGCAGUGCAUCUCUGAGGUUCAUAUAGAAAAAAAAGAAAAGAAAACUUCUGGAGGAUGUCUCCCAUCCAUUUUGCAAAAUCUGCUGUAACCAAGCCUUUCAGGAUGCCAGGGAACCAUUUGACUGAGAACUCUGUGCUCAGACUUUCCUUUGGGUUUCAGGUUUUCCCCAAACUGCCUUUUCCCAGAUUAAGGAGGCUGUCUGGAAGGGCCCUCAGUGGAGCUGCUUAAGGAUGUGACCAUCUGGUGCCAGUUCAACCCAGAAGUGCAAUAUAUUAAAUUUUUGGAAUAGCUUUGUGUCUCAUUUGUUGGCUAUCUGUGUUGCAUAUGGGAUGCAAGGCUGGAGAGAGGAUGAGGAUCUGUAACAUGGCGAGAAACUAAAGCCUUUUGCCUCCAGCCACCUGCUUUUGCCUUCAAGGUGGUGGUUAUGAUGCUCAUGCUUGAUAGUCUCUCACCCUCUCAGAGGCUGGUGGCAAAAAAAAAUGUUUUUUGGGUUUUGAGAUUUUGAAUAAUGCAGGGUCGACUUGUAUGCAACCUAGGUAUAUUUCACCUGAAUUUUGUAAAUAAGAACUGCAUAUUGAUUCUUUCCACCCUCAGGUAUUGUAUUUUCCAAUGGACAUGUCUGGAAGCAGCAGAGACGCUUUGGCUUAGUUACCCUGAGAAAACUGGGAGUGGGGAAAAAAAGUCUGGAGGGCCAAAUAGAAGAGGAAUCCCAACAGCUUGUAGAGGUUUUUGCACGGGAAAAAGGGCAACCAUUUGAUCCUGCAUUGCCCAUCACGAAUUCAAUCUCCAACGUGAUAUGUGCCAUGACCUUUGGAUACCGUUUUCCUCUUGGAGAUGAAACCUUCAAGGAACUGAUUGAUGCCAUUGGAUUUGCCUUAAAAUUUGUAGGAAGUCUUUUUUAUGUGCUAUAUGAAAUGUUCCCAUGGCUCAUGAAGCAUCUUCCAGGGCCUCACAAAGAGGCAUUGCAUGGUACAGAGAUGGUGCUUUCCUUAGCCAAGAAGGAAAUACAGAAACAUAAGGAGCAAAAGUCUUUUCAGGAGCCACGGGAUUUCAUUGAUUUCUAUCUGCUUGAAAUAGAGAAAAGGAAGAAUGAUCCUACCUCUACAUAUGAUGAGGAGAAUCUGGCUCAGGAUAUUCAUGACUUAUUUGUUGCUGGAACAGAAACGACUGCCACUUCUCUGAAAUGGGCAAUCCUCCUUUUGGCAAAUCAUCCAGAUAUUCAAGGUAAGAGAGAUCUCUGUGGAACAGCUAUUAUACCAAAUCUGCGCUCUGUCCUUCUUGAUCCUGAACACUGGGAGUCUCCUAGAGAGUUCAAUCCAAAACAUUUUUUGGAUCAGAAUGGACAUUUUGUUGCUAGAGAAGAGUACCUGGCAUUUGGUGCAGGGGCUCGGGUGUGUUUGGGGGAGCAGCUGGCAAGGAUGGAGUUCUUCAUCUUCUUGGUCAACCUGCUGAGGGCCUUCCGUUUCCAGCUGCCUCCAGGAGUCAAAGAACUCAAUGAAGAACCUGAAGCAGGACUGACAACGCCACCCCAUCCUUAUAAAGUGUGUGCUGUUCCUCGCUGUAGUUCAUCAUAA